GACGGAGAGCAGCACCAAACGCAGGACAAGUCAUUAAAAUUAGCAUUUAUAAUGCUGGAAUAUCUUCCUGUCCAUGGGAGACAUUUCAAGCCCUGUUGCUCCAUUUUUUCUCUCUCCAUUUGUGUGAGGAUGCAUUUGUUUGGCGCCUACUUCCUGUCCUUCACUGCUGUGAUGGCGAGCGCCUCCGUUUCCAACAGCUUCAGGGACUGCAGCCAUUUUUUCUACAUGCAAACACCUCCAGCCGGGAUCAGAGGGACGAGCCUGAAGAGGAUCUGCCAGAAAUAUGCCGACAAACUGCGCUACGCCACUUUGUACGACGGCGGUCGCCGUCUCCCGCUGUAUUCAGCUUACAUUUUUAAGAAGUCUGACGGGAAGAGGAGGGCAGACACACCGUGGAUGUACGAGCCUCAGCUGGUGUCUGACGAUGAGAACGGUAACAUGAAGGUGCUUCCUAUGACUGAGGACAAACCUCCCCUCAUUGAGGACAGCCAGACUGUUUUGGAGGAUUACGUAGACGCCGUGGAAUACAGACGUGGCCCACUGAAUCCUGACCGGCACCAAGCAGAUCCGGACGACAAAUCCUCUACCUACACCCUCACCAACGUGGUUCCUAUGAUCACAGACUUCCUGGAGACCUCCUGGAACCCUUACUUAGACACCAUCCGCCGGCGCCUGAACAACUUCUGCCACGGUCAAUCUUACAUCGUGACCGGAGUAACUGUGUCAGGGGCCACGGUCAGGCGGGAGAACAGGGACCGUCUCUCCAUACCAAAACACGUGUGGAUGGGAUACUGCUGCCCCAGGUUUGACCGUAACUCACCCUAUGAGGUGAGGUUCAUGUUCCCCGGUUACGGAGGCUAUGCCCUGAAUGAACAGACUGACAACCGUGUGGUGGAGGUGCCAUUAAAGAAGCUGGAGACUUUCCUGAGGAGCCAAACAGAUGUUGACAGUGACGUGACUGUUUUCUACAAAGGCUGCGUGUCAGGAAACACCGUCGAUAAGAAGAGGAGAGACCUGCCCAGUGUUGACCUGCAACCUGUAUAAAUGAGACGGUUACUAAUUACCUUAAACCAUUACAGUGUUAAAGUAUAAGCUUCACGUGCUUUGAUUAAAAUAGUAUAUUUUUGUGGAAGGCUGAUCAAAAACUAAAUUGUCUCCCAAGUUCAGAUAGAUUGUGUCCAUAUAAAGUACUUUCUGCUGAAUGCUGAAUUGCUGGACAAAUUAAUGGCAUCUUGCAUUCACUGGAAACUCAUAUUUCCCAGUUCUGGGUUUGCAAAAGAAAGAAAGAAAGACAUGCAGGCAGGCACUCAGACUGACAGAAAAUGUUGCAGCAAGCUAGAUUUUUCUCUGUAUGUAAUGUCCCCUAAGAGAAAAAUACUAGUUGAUACAAUGAAAAAAAUAAACAGGAAAAAAAAAACAUUGUCAAAGGGAUGGUUUACUUCACUUUUGUUUGUCGCUCCUUGAAGUUUGACAAAAUCAAAUGUUGUCUUUCCACUUCCUACAUCGAGUUCGCCGGCGCCCAUGAUGUGAUUACAGGCUAAACCCAAAGUGCUUUUUGACGCAACAUUAGUAAGUUGCUUUUUGUAUAGUAGAAACGACAAGCAAAUAACAUUUAGACAGUUAUGUAAGUUAAAAUGUAAGAUUAUUUUUAUUAUUUUUUACUUCUUUUUGUGUAUGUGUGUUAUGGUGUGUUAUGUCAAUUAUACAUUUAUU